CGAUUGUAUUGAGAGAUUGAGAAGGCUCASUAUUAAACGUCAUGCCAUGCUACAUCUAAAAAACAUUAAAUUUCUCAACCAUUUUCUUAGCUUUUGGUUUCUUCAAUCCGUUUAAUCAAUUAAUAAGAUAUCAAACAAUACUUUUGUGCCGAAAAAACGGCCAAUUUCAUUCAGAAAAGCUGGCGAAGCUUGACGAGAAAAAAUAUGGAAAAUGUCAACGAACAGAACCAAGAUGGCAACAACGACAAUGAUUCUAGUGAUGGUGAAGUAGAAGCAUUGGCGUUAGCAGGGAAUAUCCCAUUAGAUAUUCCACCCAGAGAUAUCCCUGGACGACACAUCAGAGCUUUAAGUGAUCCACCGCAUUCUGCUUUGAAACAUCGGUCGAGAAGCGAGGAACGUCCACCUUGUCCAAGCGCAGGCUGUUUGAAAAGAAGCUCGGAAGUUUUCAACCAAAUAAGCAGUCCUCGUUUUAUAAAUCCUCUGAUUACUAAACCAAGGCCUAAUAAUAUGGAUAAACUGACUUUGAUUGUUGAUGGUACUAGAUUUGUCGUGGAAAGAUCGCUUUUUGUCGCACAUCCAAAUACAAUGCUUGGAAGGAUGUUUGGUUCAGCAAAUGACUACACCACAAGGAAUGAAAAGGGAGAGUUUGAAGUUGCUCAUGGUAUAUCGGCAAGUGUCUUCAAAUGCAUUCUGGAUUAUUACAAAAUGGGAACUAUUAACUGCCCUCCCAGUAUCUCUAUUCCUGAGCUAAGAGAAGCCUGUGACUACCUGCUUAUCCCAUUCAAUGCUCAUGUUAUCAAGUGCCAGAACCUAAGGGAAUUGCUUCACGAACUUUCAAAUGAUGGAGCCAAAGGCCAGUUUCAAGAAUUUCUUGAGGAGUUCAUCUUGCCUGUCAUGAUUAAUGCUGCUAAGAAAGGAAACAGAGAAUGUCACAUCGUUAUCCUGGCAGAGGAUGACGUAGUGGAUUGGGACAUUGAAUAUCCACCUAGUAUGGGAGAAGAAUAUCAUCAAAUCAUAUACUCGAACCAGUUGCACAGAUUUUUCAAGUAUUUUGAAAACAGAGAUGUUGCAAAAGACGUUUUAAAAGAGAGAGGACUGAAAAAGAUACGACUGGGAAUUGAAGGUUACCCAACUCACAAAGAGAAAAUCAAGCAGAGACCAAAUGGAGGCUUGGAAGUCAUAUACAACUACGUCCAACGACCCUUUGUCAGAAUGUCCUGGGAGAAAGAGGAAAGCAAGAGCCGACAUGUUGAUUUCCAGUGUGUCAAACAGAAGACCGGAACCCCUGGGCUGAUAGAGGCAGUGGAUGAACCUGCGGCACUAGCAGCUGCAGGAGCCAUCAAUGCUCCCCGCCCUCCCCCAGUGGUUCUUGGUGCAUAUCCUGAAGAGUUUGAGUAAAAGGUAGGAGAUGGUUGCCAUGGAAACGCCAUUAAUGCARCCUUGUCCUAUUAAAUGCGUGUAUGGCUGAUCAUUAACUUAGCAAUGUGCACAGAAUAUCAUUGCAAGUAUGUAAUGAACAUAUACUAGCUUGAGCCUGACUUAAUGUUCAAAUUUAAUGAGAAAAAAUUAUACAUUAUCGGCACUAACUACCUUUGAUAACUAUGCUAUAUUGUCAUUACUAAAAUGCACAAGCAACUUAAUAUUUCCAAGAAGGGUUUAACAUCGCUGGUAAAGUGGUUAAUAUCAUCAAAACUUACAGUGUGACGCACCUAACCAUACCCUGCGAGCAGGAGCUACAGCCAGCUCCACGGAGAGUCAGAAAGAAAACCUCUGCUCGCAGGGUAACCUAACCAUGGCCACCCAACUAUUUUUUUUACUAAUGCCGUUGAAUCCUUUCCUGCCAAGUGUUUCCAUCAAUUAAAAGACUUUUUACGAAAGUGUCUAGUGUUAGCCAGCAAAGGGACCAAAAUAAGUACCAUCCAGGCAGGUUUCUAGCCAUUUAUUUAAGUUUUUUGUUGCAAAGAAUAGGAUUUAAAUAAUUGCAGUCACGCUGACUGAGUUCAUGUGCAAAUGCACAAAUUAUCGCUGUCUUAUUGGCUUAAAAGUACUAGUAAAAAAUAAGUUGUGUGGUCACGGUUAAGCACGUCAUACUGUAAGGUGUUCUUAUAUCUUUUAUUAUCAAAUCAAAAUGACAKCACUUUGAUAGCAUGGACCUCACUUCCACAGGCAUUCUAGAUAACUGCAUGUUUGCAAUAUAGACCUUUAUUGUUGGUCUUCAUUACCUCCACCACGUUAGUUAAAAUAAAUUGAACAUUAGAA